AUGUCUAUCCUCUACAAACCUCAGGCAUUCUCGCUCUCUUUCGACUUUGAUUUCUCCCAACAACCGAGAGGAAACGUGGCCGCAUACUUAAGCUUGCAAGGGGACACGAAAUUGGAGGACGAUGGGAUCGAGCUGACGAAAAAAGGCUCGGAGAACAGCGUAUGCCGGGCGUCGUAUCUGGAACCGGUAACCAUUUGGGAUGAGGUCAGCGGUGAGCUCGCCAAUUUCACCACUACAUUCUCCUUCCAGAUCUUGCCAGAUCCGAACCGUACCAGUGGCGACGGCAUGGCUUUCUUCCUCGGGCAUUAUCCGUCGGUCAUCCCCGUCCCAAGCAUCGGCGGCAGCCUCGGCCUAUUCAGCUCCGAAACCACCAACGCGAUGGGGGACAGCCGGGCCGUGGCGGUCGAGCUGGACAUGUUUAUGAACACGGUUUACGACAACAGCAACAACCACAUCGGCAUCGACGUCAACUCUCUCGUCUCCACAGCGUAUACUAAUACGAAUCUGCCAGGGAGGAACCUGACGUCUGGCCUGGUGAUGACCUGCCGGAUCAGCUACGUGAGCACCACGCAGGUUCUUGCCGCUGAGCUCAAGAUUGGCAACGCCAGCUACCACGUGGAUUCAGCUGUCGACCUGCGCCAACAAUUGCCUAGCAUAGUGGCCGUAGGCUUCUCAGCGGCUACUGGUGUGUCGUCGGAGUUACACCGGGUACUGGCCUGGUCGUUCGUGUCCACCUUAAACGGGUCCCGUCGACAUGGAGUACCUUCUCCUUCACCCUUUACCAAGGUAACAUUGAAGAUAGUAGUAGCUGCAGUAACUCUGAUAGUGCUCAUCAUCGUCGUCGCCCGCUUUGUGUGUCUGCGGCGGCGAUCCAGAAGAAAGGACAAUACAAGGUACGAGACUACUCCAGCUAAUGUUGCCAGAAGUUUCAGUUACCGAGAGCUGGCCGAGGCGACACACAACUUUGCCGAGGGAGGCUAUGCUUGUGUUUACAGGGGCGAGCUGGCAAAUCCAAGCCGAUCGGUGGCAAUAAAAAAGUUCAAACCAGGAACAUCGUCUGCUAUCUGCACGAGAGCGUUCGAUGACGAGAUCAAGGUCAUCAGUCAGGUCAGACACCGCAACCUGGUUGAGCUAGUUGGCUGGUGCAGUGACGGGAGGAAUGGCAUGUUGCUCGUUUACGAGCUUGUCGCCCAAGGUAAUCUUGACGAACAUUUGCAUGGGUCACGGAGUUGGCUGUCAUGGACCAUGAGGUAUAAAAUCAUCCUCAACCUCGGCCGAGCCCUGCAGUACCUGCAUGAAGAUUGCAGCGUUUGUGUACUGCACGGCGACAUCAAAUCCAGCAACAUCUUACUUGACUCGCGGCAUGUGGCCAAGCUAGCUGACUUUGGCUUGGCCAGGUUUAUUGACCACGAAAUCGAGUUAAAGACGACAUGUAACCUUGCUGGAACACCAGGGUACGUAGACCCAGAUUUUGUCGCCACGGGGAAGCGGAGCAGAGAGUCUGAUGUCUACAGCUUUGGCAUCGUUCUACUGGAGAUCGUCUCCGGGCGGCGCCCGGCUGUCGUGGACCACCAAACAAUGGCCACUCCCUUGCUGCUAUGGGUAUGGGGAAAGCACCAUGGCAACGCGAUCCUUGAAGCAGCGGACGCGGCUCUCAGGGAGGAAUCCACCGUGGGUUAUCGAGGCCAGAUGGAGCGUGCGCUGCUCGUGGGGCUCUGGUGCGCACACCCCGACCCGAUCCAGCGCCCACCCAUCGCAGAGGCGGUGAGGGCCCUGCAGGCGAGGGAUGCGGAGAUCCCUCAUCUGGCCCUGCCAGCGUUCAUGGCAAGGCCGUCCGGUGGUUUUGCUGCUGAGGAUGACAGGUCAAGGGCACUCGAGACCUCGGAUGGCGGCGCCCUUUUCAACGGCCUUCCGGAGGGAACUCCAGUGGACUCGCUAGCAUAUAUGUGCAUGUCCUCUUAG